AUGCCAAGAGGUGUUAUGAUACAUGCCAUGCAUCAAUUUAAUGAGUUCAAUGACACUUAUAUCGAUAACAAAUACGAUAUAUCUGACGAGCAAUAUUAUUAUGGCUCUAACAAACGUAAAAGGAAAACUGCUGCACCCCAGAAACGUGAACCAACAGAAGAAGACUCAAGAGAAGAUGUCAAAAUGAUAUUUAAAAAUUCACCAUUCGGCCCUAUAAAUUUGGUUACAAAAGAAAAUAAUGUUCUUCCUUCCUCUUUAAAUGGUACAGAACGCUCAAGUGAAAUAUUAAGUGAUGGAAAUAUAACUGCAUCUCCGGAACACGUUAAACUUUAUGCUGCUAUGUUAAAUUAUUUUCUUUUGAAGUAUAAAACGUCGAAUGAUUUAAAAAGUGGAUCGUUUUCUACGUGCCCAUCAUUAGCGGAAGUCAAUCAUGGUUUCGAUAAAACAUCAGGCAGUUCUCUUUCCAACAAUCUGUCAAACUUAUUUUAUUCUGCCCAUUUGAAUCAUUCUACAAGUCCUGUGACAGUUACUUCAAACAAGCAAAGCCCUUCUAAUGGAUCUUAUAAUGAUGAGCUCUACUACUCAAAUUCUAAAGAAAUUGAUAAACUUUACAAGCACAUUUCUACAAAAUUUGAAGCGUACUUAGAUUGGCGGCAGAAUGUUAUAAAUUCUAUUAGCACUUGCAUAACUAAUAUACCUGUUCCAAAAUCUAAUUGUCCAAAUUAUGAAGCCAUGUCUGUUUGUUAUAAGUCGUUAAUAGACAGAGCUUACGCUUUACAACAAUCUGUGGAAUUAUAUUUUGGAAUGAUUCAAAAUUCUCUCUCUUAUAAUUCACUUCCACACCAACAUUUAGAUGAUGUCACUAUAAAUUCUCCAGUUCACAAUCCCACUUGGGGUGGACAGACAAAUAAUAUCACUAACUUUCCAGUUCAACCACCGUACACCUCAAGCUCAUAUUCUUCAGUAAAUUUGUCGGCUGUUCUUACCGAUAUUUUUCAGUCUAAUAACACUGCAGUCAGUAAUCAAGAGUUGAUUAAUGAGUACAAACGAGUUUCCGGUGUGGCUUUUGAACAGUCUAACCAGCUUCCGAGUACUUAUGUAUCUGAGAGUCAAGCCCAAACCAGUUUACAGUUACCAGUGGACUUGACAAACUCAGAAAAAAAUAAAACCACCGAUCCCUUUAUUUUAACUUUGCCAUCACAUGUUGAGGCAAAAGCACACAACUCAGAUAAGUCAAAUAAAGAAAACCAUGACUAUUGCGCAAACAAAGAACUCGAUAGGUGUGAUCCAGUACAAAAGUCUGAACACAGUCGAAUUCCAACUCUGAAAGGGGAUGGAGAAUAUACAUUCUCAAAUGCUACUGAACACAACAUGGUUUCUAACGUCGAUGUUCGAAAUGGUUUUGUUUCUCAAAAUCUAAAGCACGCAGCUAGCAAUAUGCUAUGUAGCUCAAUUAUUAAUUGCUCUCCAAGAUCUAAUAUAAAUAUAAGAAAAAAGGUUUAUUUUAAGUCAAAGCGUGUAAAAAAAUCAUUUACAUCAAAUUCUGUGCAGAACAACAGCAACGUUUGUCCGGAAAACUCCUCUCCUAAGAAAUCCAAUUUCAGAGGGACUAGCGAGGAGGAAAAUAAAGUAGCUCCUAAUUUCAAACCAAUUGAAGUGAAUAGUCAAAUAUUACUAUCUGAAGCUCAUCCAAAUGUGAAAUUAUCCAAAGAUAUAUUUUAUAGUUUAAUUGUAAAAUCAUCUGGAAGUGCUACGCGAUUAAUCAGAUUACUGAUGAAAAGUUUUUUUACACAAGAUGAAUUGGCUGCUUCAUCAUUAUCUGGUGAAGGUAUUUAUAAACAGCGCCUAGAACCAAGUGUUACGGAAGCAAUUAAAAUAUUUAUACGUCAAAGACAUCCACAAUUAAAAACUGGAUCAAUUAAUUUAUGUAUGACAGAUGUAUGUGUUCAAGCUAGAAGAGUUGCUAAUAAUCAAAGAAGUCGACAACAUCCUUUAAGAAAUUCACCAAUUAUGCAAGAAUCUUUAAAAUCACAUAGAAAUUGUACAAAUGACCAAGAAGAAUGUGAUAAUCUAUUAGGACUUAAAAGUCGAACAAAUAAUUCAAUUCGUUUAAAUUCAACUGGGAAAUUGCAAAAACAUAAUCAUGAUAUUAUAACAACAACUACUACUACUUCUAUUGCACCUACAACAAAUUCAAUAACAAAUGAAUAUGAUUCUAAUUAUUGUAUAGAAAUGUCAAAAUCUGAAAUUAAUGAUACACAUUUUUCAGAAUCAGAAAAUGAUGAACCUAUUUUACAAAUAGUUGAUGAACGAAAUGAAACGGCUUCAGAUAAUGUUGGUACACCAGCAUCGUGUUCAGUUAAUUCUUUUAUGUCAGAUCAAAAAUGAAAUUGAAUAUCAAAUUUUAAAAAAAGAAAAGAAGGAUAAAAAAACAAAAAUUAACUGGUAAACUAUUCAUAAUCUAUUGCAGGCUGUGCAUGUUUCUCACUAUCUCUAUACUUUAUUGAAUCCUCUUCUUAAUUUUGUUAAUUUAUUGCAUACAUAAUUGUGAAUAUACAAUGUGUUUUCUUUUUCUUUUGUUUGUUACCAUUUUCACCAUAAUAGUAACUAAAUGAUAAUCGAUAGUAAUAGAAAUAAAACAAAUCAAAUUUAUAUUGGAUUCAAAUGAGCUAAUCAUGUCAAAUUUUCCUUUCUCUCCCUCCCCCCUCUCUCUUUAAUGAAAACCAAUAAAACUUUGUGUGUGAUAUAAGUCAUUAGGUUCUAUUAGUUUAGUUUACAGUAUAUUUAUACUGAAUUUCUUUGAAAUUAUUGCAGCAUGACAUGUUUAGUUCUUUAUUUUUGUCUUUCUUAUAUUUUUCAGAUCAUCUUCAAUUAAUCUUAUUGACUUUUAUUAUCGUUUUUUUCUUGAUUUUAGCACUACUACUAUUGUCUUUUGUAUUUCAGCCAAUUUAUCUAUUGUGGGUUAUUUCGUUUGUUUUUUUAGAAGGCAGCUUCGGUUAGGAAGUAUAUUUUAUGUUGUGUUUUUUUUUAAAAAGAGCAACGUUUCUGUUAAUAUUCUUACUUGCCACUACUUCAGUUUGUUCUUCUCUUUAAUCCAAACUAAAAGGUUGCCUUUUAUUUUCAAAUCGAAUUUUAUUUUUCAAUCCCUUUCAAUAAGAAAUCUUUUCUCUUUCUUGAAUAAAACUGAAAUCAUAUAGAAAAAAUAUAAUUAAAAAACCGUUUUAAAGAACAAUAUAUAACUAUCCAUAUUACUUAGUUUGAAUUGAUUCUGUUGUAC